CCACAACGGCAAACCCACGUUCCAUCCAUCCUCCCAACUCACUCAAUCUCCACACACCCACCGGCGCCAACUACGACAAUACUAUCCGUACUACAUACCCUACAACCACCAGUCCACCACCUUACCUAUUACUAUCUCAGCCUUACGGCGCACUUCCGACCCCCCGACUUGACUUCCUGACCUGCCUUACCUCCCACCCACCUCCUCAUCCCCCCAGUACAAGCAACCUCCCACUUCCGCCUUUCUCACCACUCUCACCACCCUCCAAAAAACUUAACACGCAACCCGACUGUGCCAUGUACCCCAUUGUGCGACACAUAUCUGCGUAGAUGAGCUGCUAGCAUCCGUGAGCGCAAUGCCUCUGAGGGCUCUUCGACCAAAUCGUAGUGAACGGGACCUUCAACGCCGCAGCACCCUGGACCUCUUCACUCGGAAGACCGCGCGCAUUAAUCAAUCCAGCGACCAGCUGAGCAGCACUCCCGCUGCAGAACCCGAAGAUGCAACUCGACUGUCGUCCACCACCGAUGUAGGCAGGCCCUCGUGGGCGGACGAGUCCAACAACAAUGGCCCACCCCCUUCGCCGCCGGUGCAGGAACACACCCCGAACACGCGACGCUUCAGUAUGCUAAGGUUUCGCCAUGCAUCGGAUUCGCAAUUGUCCACAAGGGCAAAGGAACAGCAAGCUGCCGCCGAAGCCCCGCCCGUUCCCACGGUUCCUGCCAUGACAAUAGACACACCGGCAAUCAUCACCACAGCUCCUACUGUCGUAGACCAGCCGGACCAAGCCGAUCAGACGGAACUGCUAGCCAAAAGGCGAACGCGGCUCCAGCAGUUCUCCCUGCGAAGACGAUCUUUCGACCCUGCAUUGGCCGACCGACCAAAUAAUCUCCGCAAGUCGAUGGACAGGAAGUCUAGCACUGAUAUAAAGAGGGGGCCGUUCUCGUUCAAUAAAAAGGGCCAGCAGAAUGCGUCCCCGGCGGAGGAACCGGGGAAGUUGUCCACUACGCAGCGCCCGGGCAUACUUCACGAGUCACCAAACGAAUCGUCGCAGGAAGGGAAGUCCUCAUUGUCGCUUCCCGUCCAGCGCGCCUCCGAAUCUUCCAGGUCAGACGGUAGCUCUGGACGCCAUAUCUCCUUCGAGAACACCCCAAGACCGCAAGCGACACCGAAGAAUAGUUCAACGCGCCUGCGGUUCGGGCGCCGCAAAACCCAACGCGCAUCUCUGUUUCCAUUGCCCAUGAAAAUAACACCUCCUGAAUUCCCUGACACGGCACCUGCGACCCCACGCGCGUCCACGAGCGGAGUCAGUUCUGGAUCCCCGCAUCACUCGCCAGGCGCGGAAAGUCCGCCUUUGACCGCGAUACACAAUUCUCACCUCGACGUCGAACAUGGUCCAGGAACUCCGCCCAUUCCCUCGCCUUCACAGGUCGCCCAAGCUGCUGCGGCUAUAAACAUCACCACGCCACACCCCGAGUUGCUACGCAACGAUUCUCAAAGAUCCAUACGCUCCUCACGCUCUUCACCAAAUGCCACGCCUAUACGUCUGGGAUUAAGGGGGCGAUCCUCUACUAUGGGUUCGCUAGGUGGCCGAUCUGAUGAUGUACCCCCGCCUACUCCACCUUACGCAGGCAACGGGGGCAGUGGUAGGACGUCGACUUCUACGGUUGGGAGGACAAGCUUCAGCAAUCUGUUUGGGCUCGGUGCAAGAUUUCGUCAGAAUUCAGAACCGCACUCGCCUAGGCAUGGGUCUCCUGCUCACGGACUCCCAGGUUCAUCCGCAUUGUCUUCACAUCAGAAUUCUAUGAGUAUCAGCCGAGAAGCCCUGAUCCUACCAGAACGGGAAGAAGGCGAAACCCCCGGUCAUUUCCUCGAAAGGAUGGAAGCAAACAAUGUUGGAAAAAGCGCCAUUGCCAGUGUCCUUACGAAGACAGAAGAUGCGUUUCUUCUUUCAGUCUUGCGCAGUUAUAUGCGCAAGUUUGCUUUCUUCGGCGAUCCCAUCGAUAUGGCAAUACGCAAAUUACUGAUGCAGGUAGAGUUGCCCAAGGAGACACAACAGAUUGACCGAGUUUUGCAAGGGUUUGCUGAUCGCUACCACGAGUGCAAUCCCGGCAUCUACAUCAAUCCAGACAAGACAUAUUUCAUCUCGUUCUCGAUUGUCAUCCUUCACACGGACUUUUUCAACAAGAAUAACAAGAGGAAAAUGCAAAGAGCCGAUUACAUCAAAAACUCAUCCUGCGAGGGCGUUUCCGACGAUGUUCUGGGGUGCAUAUACGACAAUAUUGUCUACACACCUUUCAUUCAUAUCGAAGACGAGGUUGAUUUGAAGAACGUGGCAUCACGGCGAUCGAAGCGGGUUGCAGUACUAAAGGGUCCAAUGAAUGACCCAGCAAGAAAAGCGGCGAAAGAGCCUAUAGAUCCAUACACCCUUAUUCUUGAAGGGAAAUUGGACGCGCUGCGCCCUACCAUCAAGGAUGUCAUGAACCUGGAUGAUCCUUACAGUUACCUUGGAACUUCACCUACACUCGACACUAAGAAUGCGUAUAAGCUGUUUUCCAGGUAUGGAGUUAUCCAAAUCGUGUCUUCUCGGUCGCGACCAGAAGCAUUCAUGUCGCAAUCAUCUCAAGAGAACCCAUUGGAAUCUUCCGUUGGGAUUGUGGAGAUGCCAGUUACCAAGGUGGGAGUGCUUUGGAGGAAGGAUACAAAGCGAAAGAAGGCAAGGUCACCAUGGCAAGAGUGGGGUGCGGUUCUCACCCGAUCGGGUCUUUCUCUGUUUAAAAUGUCAAGCUGGGCCAAGAACCUUAUGCAUCAACACGAGCAGCAUGUCAAACAUGGGGAAACGGGCGCUGUCGUUUUCCAGCCGCCUCUGCAGGAGUUCAAGCAAGACCACAUGAUACCUAUGGAUGGUGCCGUGGCCUUGGUAGACAACACAUACAGCAGGCAUAAGAAUGCCUUUGUUGUCUUUUCCAAGAACGGCGAGGAGACCUUCUUGGCUGAUAGUGAAAAGGAUCUGAACGACUGGCUUGGGACCCUGAACUAUUCGGCCGCUUUCGAAACUCUCGGCGUGCGACCGAGAGGCAUGAUAGGGGGCCUAUAUGAGGGACAGAGACAUCGAGGCAUCAGGCGACUUGAAUCUGCACACUCUACCAAAUCAGUACCGACAGCGACGGGCGAGGUCACCAUAAGAAGCGGCAAGAUCGAUAGCCAAUUCGCCCAGGAAAUGAUGAACUCUCGGAGGGAGCUAAUGCAGCUUCGAAUCGACGAGUCCGAAGAAAAGCUAACACAAGCAAUCAAGCAAUUGGAGGCCCGGCUUAGAGACGCUAGGCAUCUGCAAAUAUUGGCGCCGAUUCAACCGAAAACCCGCGAAUUGCUCAUCCAUGCCGCUGGAAGACUGGCUGCAAAACUCAAAUGGGCUCGAAUUGAAAUCUGGCGUAUGAAGUGUCAUCGCGAUAUACUGGCACAGGAGCUAGAGGAAGAAAGGCGUACGAACAACGAACGUCAAGCUCGCAUCGACAAGAUCAGCGCAACCUCACAGGCCUCACCUUCGCAACUCUCCCCUCAGCAGUCCAACAAAACAUCAAAACUUGGUAGCCUUGCCCGCUUGAGUUCCAAAUCUAGCUCGAAUAAUGCAAUACAAAGGCCACCAAACUCGCCCUCGGCCUCGUCUUUCCGACCAGGCACAAAGUCUUCGCGAGAUUCCGACUUUGGUGAGGAUCUUGCUUUCAAGACCCCUCCAGAAGGAUCCCAGCAAUCGAGUCCGAGCCAUCCUUCAGGCCAGUUCAGUCUUCCUCCUCUCACAUUCAGUCAUUCAUCGGACCACCGACUUUCCUUCACUAGCUCGCUCGCUCAGUCGCCUCGUUUGGCCCCAAGUGAGCGGGAGCAUCGCCCUUCAAUAUCUACCAUGGGCGAUGGAACGGUUGACUCGGACGCUGCCUCUGAAAGAUCUCGAUAUACGACACCGCCCCCUAUCGAGAUUGGGAAAACAGAACCCAAGACGCCUGAAAUUCGUCCUGCCGAUGCUUUACGUCCAGACAUUGACUCCGAAUCAGAUGCUGAGUAUCCACCCUCGGCAGUUGCUGGCUCUCCAGAAUCUCGUUUGAAGUUUAGGCGGAGCUUGCAGAAAACUCUGCGCGAAGCUCAUGGUGCAACUACAGGCCACCGCCGCGGACACAAGUCGCGUGACUCGGCAUCGACUGUAGUCAGUGAUGAUACGAAGGAGAGUGAGGGUCUUGCGCGAGGCAAGGGAAGCUUCACAGUACAUGGCAAGAAGGCAUCCGUCAUUACCUUCGGUGCUGAUUGGCACAACACGUCUGCAGAAGAACGACUGAAGAUACGGAAACAGGCACAGGAGGCUCUUGAGGGUGCUGGACCGGUCGAUGACAGAGCAAGCGCCGAUGGCCGGGCACAUUCCAUCGCCAGUGACGGCGCUCCAAUAAUGAUGAGUGCUCGCGCCGGCGAACCUGACGAUGUCAGCCCUCACCACUACCUGCACGAAUUUGACCUUCGCAAACAACGUCAUGUGUCAUCUCAAACCAUCACCCCAGCCAACUACCGGGAAAGUUCGAAGGGAAAGGCCGCCGAAAGUGAUGACGAUUCGGAAAUGAGCGACAUCGAAGAAGAGUUGUCUCCAAAGGACCGAAGUCCCACAGAUCCCCAACACAUUCAGAGCUCGAGUGGUGCUCAGGAACGAUCCGAAGCCUCCAAAGCGUGAGGAGCUCGGGUUCAAUGCAUCUUCCCCUUCUGUCUUCAAUUACUUCGUUAUAUUUCCUUUGUCUCUGCGUGGGGGAAAAGCUUCUGCGUUCGCGCACUACUCCAUGAUGCAUUUAAUCAUAUCCUCGCGUUGUAUAUCCAUGUCGCAUUGCAUAAACAAGCGAUCGAAUUUCCAUCAAAACAUUUCCUUGCUGUCCUCCACAACUUCUCUUUUAUACAUGAUACACCCAGCAUAUCCACACGCAUGCACG